AACUACGAUAGGCCCACUGGCCCAGCCACACCCCGUCCCCAUGUCACACAGUCUGGAUAUGCAAUAAUCAAAGUGACUUUUAAACACAAAAACAACUUAAGAAAAGAUCAAAGUGUGAUCUCCCAAUUGUCUUUCAUCGAAUUACCUAUAACAAGUCUUCUUGAUUGUGCCUUACUCAAAUAGAAUUUCUGAAUCCAAUCCAGUCAGCUAGCGUUGUUCGUCUAGUUUCUCAAUCCCUAAUUACUUUUCUUUCUUCAAUUUAGCAUAGCAGAGUUCCUAAUGGCUGCAGAAUCAGUUUUUCAAAGAGAGCCUAUAACUGAAUCAGCACGAUUCGAAGAUAAUGACAUGGUUGCUCCGUCUUCCACUUCAACUACUGCCUACAACUUACAGAAAAAAUUCCGACGAUCAAGAACUGCUCCUGCCAUGGUGUCCAUGAACGACCUACACACUCAAUCUGUUUACUUUGGCCCUACUUCUUCUCUCGUCAGACAGGCCGCUUUUCUGCUCAUUAUUUACCUCUCUCUUGGUGCAGUCGUCUAUUCCUUCAACCGUGACCACUUCUCUGGAGUUGAGACCCACCCUGUUGUUGACGCUUUUUACUUCUGUAUCGUCACUAUGUGUACCAUUGGCUACGGUGAUAUUGCUCCAGUUACUCCUAUCACGAAACUCUUUGCUUGUCUCUUUGUGCUUGUGGGUUUUGGUUUCAUCGACAUUUUGCUUAGUGGGGUCGUCAAUUACGUACUUGACUUGCAGGAGAACUUGAUAUUGACCGGCAGGCAACGACAAUUAGCUAGCCACGUCGACCAGGGGCGUGGCGGAUUUAUGGAUUGCAUAGUCGAUGUAGCCAAGGGAAGAAUGAGAAUCAGAUUGAAAGUGGGUUUGGCUCUGGGUGCUGUGCUUUUGUGCAUCGGGUUGGGGUCACUGGUGUUGUAUUUCCAGGAGAAUCUGGAUUGGAUAGAUUCAGUUUACUUGUCGGUAAUGUCUGUAACGACUGUUGGAUAUGGUGAUAGGGCUUUCAAGACUCUGCCUGGAAGGUUGUUCGCUUCAAUUUGGCUUUUAUUUUCCACACUUGCGGUGGCACGGGCUUUCUUGUAUUUGGCAGAGGCAAGGAUUGACAAAAGGCACAGGAGAAUUGCCAACUGGGUAUUGCAGCGUGAAAUCACCAUUGAAGAUCUGCUUGCCGCUGACCUUAACAACAACGGCUUCCUUAGCAAAUCAGAAUAUGUCAUCUAUAAGCUCAAGGAGAUGGGAAAGAUCAGUGAGAAAGAUGUAAUGCAGAUAUGCAAUCAGUUCAACAAGCUUGACGAAAACAACUGUGGGAAGAUAACAUUACCCAGACUCCUACAGAGUCAUUUAUAGCAAAAAUUCUUUGGCCACCAUGCAGUAUCUGCUAAUUUUCAAGAAAAAGGAAGUAAACGAAGUCUUUCCUUCUGACUAUGAGGUCUCAUGUUUAAAUCCCAGCUGUGGAAAAGCACUAGCGAUUUCUUCUCAUAUGUCUAAGCCUUAGUGAGCAGAGUUACCCGGUACCUGUGCUCAGGAGGUAGCAGGUGUGCAGUGAAAUUUGUUGAGGUGCGCGCAAGUUGGUCCAAACACCACUAUUAUUUAUUGUUAAAAAAUAAAAUAAAAGAGUAGAUAGUUUCCUUAUAAAUUGGUUGGGUUGUCAUGUCCUCUCGUCAAAUGAAUGUCAGCUGACUGACAACUUGAAUGUUGUGGCAAAUAUUGCAUUGGAUAUGCCCUCUUUUCCGUGCUUGUUCUGAUCUGUCUAUUGAAACUUUUCUUUUAGGUGUAGGAUAUAACAUAGCUGAUUUUCAAUAACAUCUUGUCUCUUUUGCUGCUGGAAUGUGGUUUGCCUUUUCAUGCUGUAAUUCUAUUUUUCGCUUUCAAGUCUGGUUUUAAGGCUUUGGUUUUUUACGAGCCUACAGAAAGACUUUCCUUUCACCUCUUAAUCAGGCUUCUCAUGCUUCUAUGUGUCCCCAAAAUCAUAUGCUGUAAACUAAUUAUUUUCCAAUCUGUAACUCUGGAAAGAUAAAAUAAGUUCAUAGACACCUGAAAGUCCUCAUUUAAAAGGGCUGGUCUGCGAGAGUUGAAAAAUAUACAAUAUUUCUACUUCCCUCGUGUGCUACUCCUGGAUUCAAAAGUUUCUCCACUUUAGGCGUAAACAUGUAUUGUCUGGCACUAUUCACCGGUUCUUUUGAAGAUUCAUAAAGUUACAGUAGAUAAUAGCUUUUUGCAUGCUUUUGUUCGAGGACAUAAUCUUAACUUGUCCGAAUCAAAUGCAUCACCUUUUUCUGUUUGAACUAUGAAUCUUUUGCGGUUUCAACUUGUAUAACAAUGAAAUCUCUCCUUUUAAGGCAAUCUAAUACAGAAAAACUGGCUGUCUUAUUUCUCUUCACUGUUGUUUCUCUUCACUAUUAUUAUUAUUAUUAUUAUUAUUAUUAUUAUUAUUAUUAUUAUUAUUAUCCUCCUUUGUUAUUAAGUGUAUAUUUGUCUUGGCCCUUGAUUGGAUACACUCAAGUCACUAGGACAACAAUAGUGAAACAGAAGAUUAUGCUAGUUUACAAGGA